AGGUCAUCCCCACUGACAAAGUGGAGGUGGGCUUCAAGGACCUGGACGCUGCCAUCCUGGUGGGUUCCAUGCCCAGGAAGGAGGGCAUGGAGAGGAAGGACCUGCUGAAGGCCAACGUGGCCAUCUUCAAGACUCAGGGCGGCGCCUUGGAGAAGUACGCCAAGAAGACCGUCAAGGUUUUGGUGGUUGGAAAUCCGGCAAACACCAACUGUCUGAUCGCCUCCAAGUCGGCUCCAUCGAUCCCGAAAGAGAACUUCUCCUGCCUGACGCGCCUGGACCACAACAGAGCCUCCUCCCAGGUGGCGAUGCGUUGCGGCGUGUCCGCUGACCACGUGAAGAACGUCAUCAUCUGGGGGAACCACUCCUCCAGCCAGUACCCGGACGUCCACCACACCAAGGUCAACGUCCACGGCUCGGAGACGGGAGCCUACGAGGCCAUCAAGGACGACGCCUGGCUCCGAGGAGACUUCAUCUCUACGGUGCAGUUGCGCGGUGCUGCCGUCAUCAAGGCCAGGAAGCUCUCCAGCGCCAUGUCCGCUGCCAAGGCCAUCUGCGACCACAUGAGGGACAUCUGGUUCGGCACCAAGGAGGGGGAGUUCAUCUCCAUGGGCGUCUACGCUGCUGGGAACUCCUACGGAAUCCCAGAGGACCUCAUCUACUCCUUCCCCAUCCAGAUCAAGAACAAGACCUGGAAGGUGGUCGAUGGUCUCUCCAUCAACGACUUCUCCCGAGCCAAGAUGGACGCCACCGCGGCCGAGCUGGUGGAGGAGCGAGACACCGCCAUGGACUUCCUGUCCCAGUGACUGUCUCCCCCUGCUGGUCAACAGCAGCACGUCGUGACCCUGAAGACUUGCUGUUCCCGGCUCUGAAGACGAAGCCCCUUCAACACUAUAACCGUCCCAGCUGGUGUCUGUGUGUUACCUUGUGUGUGUGUGUGUGUGUGU